AUGGACUACGACGCAAUCAACGACUUGACUAUUCUCAGAUCAAGCCCCGACCUACCGAUCCAACUCCCAUGCAACGUCAAGCCCACCAGGGUCUCCCUUCCAACCCCCGCAACGAGCAGUCAAAACGGCGAGCUUGACAAGACAACCAACCACAAGCCGAUAGACAACUAUAUCCCAGUGGUCCAAAUCCCCAGCACACCUCCCACUGGAAGCUCUAACUUUCACACACAAGCUACACAGCUCCUCUCAACUCCUACUACUGUCCACACCGACCUGUCGACCAUAGACCGUUCUGGAACCCUCAACCGACUGCGCUGCAUCCCCUGCGUCCCCGAGUCGCCCCUCGCGAGAAAGGCAGAUCUGGACGAUCUAUACCGACAAUCAGGAGCCUCCUCUCCAAUGGAUUUCCUCUCCAGCCGGACUAGUGGCUAUGAAGCUGACUGCGACGAAGAGAGCGAGGAGAUCAAAGAAUCAAUCGAAUGCAAACAACCCUCCGAGCGAGAGGGGGAGAAGUUAAUGAAGUCUCUCAAAUCCAUCAAUGCGGAAUUGCGACGCCAUAAUCGUCUCCUUCGUCUCAUUGCUCGACAAAUCCCGCGCCGGGUUGGACGGAAGGUUGUUCGUGUUCGUUCUCGAUUCCCUCGUUCCAGCAAGCGCCUGCGCGCUCGAGGAUCCGUCGUGGAUGUUGAUGUAGAUAUUCAGGGAUGA